GGCUUGCUGAAAAUAAAAUCAGGACUCCUAACCUGCUCCAGUCAGCCUGCUUCCAGGAGGCCUGUCAGCCAGUGCUCCACCUGACUGAGUGCGCAGUGCCCAGCAUGUACCAGGUCAGUGCAGAGGGCUGCUUGAGGGCUAUGCUGAGAGGGAGAGGAGCAGAGAUGCUGCUGAGGGUGGAGGGAGGCCAAGCUGCCAGGUUUGGGGAAGGGGGCCAGGUGGAGUGAGAAACUGGGAUCCCAGGGGGAGGGUGCAGAUGAGGGGGCAACCCAGAUUAGGUGAGAACAGUUCUCUCAUUCGCCUUUUCCUACAGGUGGUUGCAUUCUUGGCAAUGGUCAUGGGAACCCACACCUACAGCCACUGGCCCAGCUGCUGCCCCAGCAAAGGACACCCGUCUGAGGAGCUGCUGAGGUGGAGCACUGUGCCUGUGUCUCCCCUAAAGCCGACUAGCCUCGACUUCCACUCAGUAUCCUGUAGGGCCAGUGAAGAUGGACCCCUCAACAGCAGGGCCAUCUCCCCCUGGAGAUAUGAGUUGGACAGAGACUUGAACCGGCUCCCCCAGGACCUGUACCACGCCCGUUGCCUGUGCCCACACUGCGUCAGCCUACAGACAGGCUCCCACAUGGAUCCCCGGGGCAACUCGGAGCUGCUCUACCACAACCAGACUGUCUUCUACCGGCGGCCGUGCCAUGGCAAGAAGGGCAACCACAAGGGCUACUGCCUGGAGCGCAGGCUGUACCGUGUUUCCUUGGCUUGUGUGUGUGUGCGGCCCCGUGUGAUGGGCUAGCCGGACUUGCUGGAGGCUGGUCCCUUUUUGGGAAACCUGGAGCCAGGUGUACAACCACUUGCCACGAAGGGCCAGGAUGCCCAGAUGCUUGGCCCCUGUGAAGUGCCGUCUGCAGCAGCAAGAUCCCAGGACAGGAUGGGGGGCUUCGGGGGAAACCUGCACUUCUGCACAUUUUGAAAAGAGCAACUGCUGCUUAGGGCCACUGGAAGCUGGUGUCCUGUCAUUUUCUCUCAGGAAAGGUUUUCAAAGUUCUGCCCAUUUCUGGAGGCCACCACUCCUGUCUCUUCCUCUCUUCCCAUCCCCUGCUAUCCUGGCCCAGCACAGGCACUUUCUAAAUAUUUUCCCCUUGCCGGAGAAGAAAGAGCCCCUCAUUUUAUUGGCUUGCUUGUUUACUCAUCACUCAGGAAGCAUCUACUUUGGGUGCAUUCUGGUGUAGUUCCUGGUCUUUUGACAUGGAUGAUUCUGAGGAGGAAGCUGUUAUUGAAUGUAUAGAGAUUUAUCCAAAUAAAUAUCUUUAUUU